AAACUCUUUUCUCUUCUAUCCAAUGAGAAAAUAAAUUAAAAUUCUUCUGAGUUCCUAUAUAAACAUGCCAAUAUUAACACUUCAUUAUAAAAGUAAACCUUUACUUAAAAGUAAUAAACAAUCAAUAACAAUGAAAUUUACAUAUUCCCUAUCCAAACGAUCUUUUCCUCCUAUUUUAGCUAUACAACUCCUCAUCAUACAUAGUGUUUCAUCAUUAAACCUUACCAAUGAGUAUCUCAACCACAAAUGCAUUCUUAAUCAAGGGGAAUAUAACUCUGGAAGUCAGUACGAGGACAACCUCAACUGGAUCUUCCGUGAAAUGCGUACACGUCUUUAUGCUAUUACCGGUUUCUCACACAUAAGUGUUGGAAAAACGACAACCGAUUUUGUUGUCGUCACUACCCAGUGUCGUGGUGACACUUAUGAAUCUAAUUGCCGUACAUGCCUUGACACAGCAAUUGCAGGGUUUCGUAAGAGAUGUCCAAGUAACAAAGGAGGAAUAAUAUGGUACAAUCAAUGUCUUCUCUAUAUUAGUACGAUCAAAGAAAAAAUUCCAAUCAAGACUAAUUACAAGAAUAUUUUUUCUAUGCACAACCCAAAUAACGUGAGAGGGGACGCAAAACUGUUCGCCAUGAGGGCGAUGGAUUUUUUGUCUGAGCUAAUACUUAAAGUCGAGAAAACCACCAAGUAUAGACUCAUAUUUUACGCUGCGGGGGAAAAGAAGCUCGGUAAAAAUAAAUUAUAUGCAAUGGUGCAGUGUUUAGAUCUAAGAAUAGAUUGUAAAAGAUGUUUGGCAUGGAGUAUCACAAAGCUUUUCAAGAACGAUGACAUUAAACAAGGAGCGAGAGUUUUGGGUACAGACUGUAAUGUAAGGUAUGAGCUAUACCCUUUUCUUAGGAGUUAAGCAUUUUUAAGUUAUGUUUACAUUUUUUUCUGCUGAAAAUGUAAUAUCCAUAUAUAUCAAUAAAAGAUAGUUUACAGAAACAGAUAAAAAACUGUUAGGAAGUUUAAAAUUGAAUAUUAACAAUGAUUUUCAACUGACCUGGAAUUCUUGAGCCUAUAACCCAACUGACUUGUUUUCAUCCUCAGUAUCUGAAAGCUUUGCUUUAAUGACUUCAUUCAAUUGCUGAUAUGAUUAUGAAUGAUGUUUGGUAACUCACUUACUGAGUGACGAGGCUGCUUGUUCAAACUGCCAUUACGUUCUCUCAAGAUUAAAUAUUUGGUUGAUUGAAAAGUGAGUUUGACAAGCACCAAGUUAUGAUAUCUUUUAACCUCGUAAGCCGGAAACAAUUAGUCCCCAUGAUCUACCAAUCCAAGUUUAUCUUCUCUCAGCAGUUCAGAACAGAACAUGUCCUAUAAUUACGUGAAUUCAGUUCUGUUGAAAACUCCAAACCAGUCGAAAAUUAAAAUCUGUACCUACAAGUAUCGUAUUAAAAUUAAAACUCCAAACCAGUCGUAUCUGAAGCAGUUUGGUUAUAAACAAUGACA